AAGCACAUCUCCACAUCUCCAUUUAAAUAAGCCCUAAUUUGACUUUGAACACCUAACUCGAGUCCAAUAUAAUGAAAAAACCAAAAUACUUAUCCGAUUUAAAAGCCCUAAUUUUGACUUCUAGUACAAACACUAAAUCCAAUUAACCAAAUAAAUCCUAAAAACAACCAAAACUCACAUCUAAAACCAAGUACUUCUCCACUCCUCCGAUUAAAAAGGAUUAAAAUGUUACCGACAUGAACUUGUGAAGCCAGUGUUCGCUGAUCUUGAGCUAAUUCCUUCCAAAACUUGCUCCUAAAACGAGUUAAACAUGAGUUGAAACAGUCCAAACCUGUGAGAUAGUGUGAGAAAGGGUUUACUGUGGUAUUGUUUGCAAGGACUCCAUUGUAGAUUCGUCCACCAUUAUGCCUCCCGAAAAGAAAGUUCAGAUGAGCUUGGAUGUUGAGGUUCGGGAUAAAAAUCAUUACGAGAUUGAGAAACUUAUAAUUAGGCCCAAUUGUCUGGACACAACCCUGUACUAUGAUGAACGACCCUCAGGAGUUAGAGCGAGUGUACUGGUGUAUAAGGACUUUGCAACUGCUGAACAUCAUAGGGACCAGUUGGUACGAUGUGGAAAUAUUUCCAAGGGUACUCACGUGGCAAAACCACUUUUGGCCACCCUAUGUCAAGAAACCAAUAAGGGCAUGCUAUUUGUGGACCAAUUGUAUGGACAUCCACCCAAGGGCAAAAUGUGGAAGAAUUUAAAGAAUAAAGUUAUCGGAUUUUUAAAUUUUUACAGAAAAAAAUAUCAGCAGAUUCUCCAUGAUCUCUCUUGUAUCCAUUCUCUCAAUAUCCAUCAUGCGAACAUGGCUCAGGAAAUUUUGUAUAGUAUAGACGGAAGUGUCCAUCUUUACAAUUUUCAGAGCUCUGAGGAUUCUAAGUACCUAAUCUCCGUCAAGACAUGAAUCAAUUUAUAACUUAUUCAGGAAAGUUCUUCUUGUUUUAGCCCUAUGUAUAAUUCCAACAUUAUGUAUAAUUAAUGUUUAGCGAUAAGAAUGUAUAUGAAGACACGUGUAAUGUAUUCAGUAGUUUGGUGUAAACAUGACA